AUGGCCAUCCCGAACGAUGGCGACUUGAUCAUCGAACCUCACGCCGACGCUCCCAUCUACAACUACGAAAACACUCCCUCCAACCCAUCCUGGGCUGGUGCGCUUCCCACCAAGCAAGGGCUAUAUGAUCCAGACUACGAGAAAGACGCCUGUGGUGUGGGAUUUACAUGUCAUAUCAAGGGUGUUGCUAGUCAUAAGAUUGUUAGUGAUGCUCGCAACCUCCUCUGUAAUCUCUCCCACCGCGGUGCAGUCGGCGCCGAUUCCCGCGAUGGUGAUGGUGCAGGUGUGAUGACAUCCAUCCCCCACGGAUUCUUUGCCCACGAAUUCGCGUCCUCGUUUUCCUCUUCCUCUUCCGCUACGUUACCAGCUCCAGGUCAAUACGCCGUCGGUAACGUCUUCUUCUCCCCCGACGCAAACGUCGAAGCAGAAUCAAGAGCGACAUUCGAGGGUAUCGCAGAGGGUUUAGGAUUACGAGUCUUAGGCUGGCGAAGAGUUCCGCGUGAUUCGACCCUCUUGGGCCCGAGCGCUCGUAGCCGCGAACCCACGAUUCUCCAACCCUUCGUGGUGCUGGAGAAUCUUGGCGACGAGGCAUCUUUUGAUGAGAAACACUUUGAACGACAACUCUUUGUCCUCCGCAAAUCCGCCACCCACCAAAUCGGUCUCCACAACUGGUUCUACAUCUCCUCCCUCUCCUCGCACUCUAUCGUGUACAAAGGACAACUCUCACCCUCUCAAGUUUACGCUUACUACCAUGACCUAAACUCGUAUCGGUAUGAGGCGCAUUUCGCGUUGGUGCAUUCGAGGUUCAGUACGAAUACCUUUCCGUCGUGGGAUCGUGCGCAGCCGAUGCGGUGGGCAGCGCAUAACGGCGAGAUCAACACCCUCCGCGGCAACAAAAACUGGCAAAGAGCUAGGGAGGGCCUCAUGCACUCCCUCGAACUCGGAGACAAACUCGAUAUGGUUUACCCCAUCAUCGAAGAAGGCGGCUCCGAUUCCGCUGCCUUCGAUAAUGUGUUGGAGUUAUUGGUCAUCAACGGCGUCCUCAGCCUCCCGGAAGCGGUGAUGGUCAUGGUACCGGAGGCGUGGCAGGAUCAACCCUUGAUGGAGGAGAAGAAGAGGGGGUUUUAUCAGUGGGCGGCGUGUUUGAUGGAACCGUGGGAUGGACCGGCACUCUUUACGUUUGCGGAUGGAAGGUAUUGUGGUGCGAAUUUGGACAGGAAUGGGUUGAGGCCUUGUCGAUAUUAUAUCUUGGAUGAUGAUAUCAUGAUUGUCGCGUCGGAGGUUGGAACGAUUUCUGUCGAGCCUGAGAGGGUCGUCAAGAAGGGCCGACUCCAGCCCGGACGGAUGUUGUUGGUCGAUACACUCGAGGGUCGCGUGGUCGAUGAUUCAGAGUUGAAGAAGCGCGUGAGCGAACGCUGUGAUUUCCAGGCAUGGGUGGAGAACCAGUUGGUUACUAUGCCCGAAGUCAUCAGUACCCUUAAAUCACGCGACGACAUGUUGUUGGCACCGCUGUUGGAUGGGACUGGGGUCGCGGAGGAUCCGAGGAUGUUGGCGUUUGGGUAUACCCUCGAACAACUCAACCUCAUCCUCGCCCCCAUGGCCGCCUCAUCCAAAGAAGCUCUCGGGUCGAUGGGUAACGACGGGCCGCUUGCUGUUCUGGCGACGCAGCCGAGGUCGAUCUAUGAUUAUUUCCGUCAGUUGUUCGCACAGGUUACUAACCCACCCAUCGAUCCCAUCCGCGAGUCGAUCGUGAUGUCGUUGGAGUGCUAUGUCGGACCUCAAGGUAAUGUCCUGGAAAUGAAUCCUGAGCAGGCGCAUCGGUUGCUCAUGCCCUCCCCCGUCCUCUCCAUCGAGGAUUUCAACGCGUUGAAGAGGAUUGGAGAAGUCCAUGAUGACUGGACCGUUCGUACGAUUGAUUGUACGGUUGCGAAGGCUGAGGGGGAGGACGGCUAUGUCCGUGCUCUUGACCGAAUCUGCGAGGAAGCUGGAAAGGCGAUUCAGGAGGGGAUCAAGGUCAUUAUCUUGUCUGAUCGCGAGACGGGACCGGAGAGGGUCGCGUUGAGUGGGCUUUUGUCGUGUGGAACUGUGCAUCACCAUUUGGUCCGGAACAAGUUACGUGCAAAGGUCGCGCUUGUCGUGGAGACUGCUGAGGCGAGGGAGGUUCAUCAUCUUUGUGUCCUGCUCGGGUAUGGAGCUGAUGCGAUCUGUCCUUACCUCGCUAUCGAAGCUAUCCUCAAACUUCACCGUGAGAAUGCGCUCAAGACCAACUUGUCGGUCGAGGAGUGUAUUGAGAACUUCCGCCAUGCGUGCGAUGGAGGUAUUUUGAAGGUGAUGUCGAAGAUGGGUAUCUCGACUUUGCAGUCCUACAAGGGUGCACAGAUCUUUGAGGCGUUGGGGUUGGAUCAUGAGGUUAUUGACAAGUGUUUUGCUGGAACUGCGUCCAGGAUCAAGGGUGCGACAUUCAAGUACAUUGCUCAAGAUGCAUUCUCGUUCCAUGAGCGCGGUUGGCCUACUCGUGAUACUGUCCAUGUUAAUGGUUUGCCGGAGAGCGGUGAAUAUCAUUGGCGUGAUGGUGGUGACCCCCAUGUCAAUGACCCUGCGUCCAUUGCGAACCUCCAGGACGCCGUGCGUGCGAAGAACCAGAAGUCGUACGAAGCGUACUCGAAGACGGCGUAUGAGAGUAUUAAGGCUUGUACGUUGCGUGGUAUGCUCGACUUUGACUUCGAGGGCGCCACUCCUGUUCCGAUUGAGCAGGUCGAGCCUUGGACGGAAAUCGUGAGUAGGUUUGUUACGGGUGCGAUGUCGUAUGGAUCUAUCUCAAUGGAAUCGCAUUCUGCACUCGCGAUUGCGAUGAACAGGCUCGGUGGAAAGUCUAACACCGGUGAAGGUGGUGAAGACCCUGAGCGAUCCAUUCCUAUGGCGAAUGGAGAUACCAUGCGUUCGGCCAUUAAGCAGGUCGCUUCGGGUCGUUUCGGUGUUACAUCGUACUACUUGUCCGACUCUGAUGAGUUGCAGAUCAAGAUGGCUCAAGGUGCGAAGCCUGGAGAAGGAGGUGAGCUUCCUGGCCACAAGGUCUCGCAGUCGAUUGCGAAGACUCGCCACUCCACUCCCGGUGUUGGUUUGAUCUCUCCGCCGCCUCACCACGAUAUUUACUCCAUUGAAGAUUUGAAGCAGCUUAUCUAUGAUUUGAAGUGCUCCAAUCCUCAUGCACGUGUCUCCGUCAAGCUCGUCUCCGAGGUCGGAGUUGGUAUCGUCGCUUCUGGUGUCGCCAAGGCUAAGGCAGACCACAUCCUCAUCUCCGGACACGAUGGAGGAACGGGUGCUUCUCGUUGGACUGGUAUCAAGUAUGCCGGUUUGCCGUGGGAGUUGGGUCUCGCCGAGACUCACCAGACUCUCGUCCUGAACGACUUGCGUGGUCGUGUGGUCGUCCAGACCGACGGUCAGAUCCGUACGGGACGUGAUGUUGCCGUCGCCUGUUUGCUCGGUGCCGAGGAAUGGGGGUUCGCUACCACGCCUCUCAUCGCACUUGGUUGUAUCAUGAUGAGGAAGUGUCAUCUCAACACUUGUCCUGUUGGUGUCGCUACGCAGGACGAGGCGCUUCGCAAGAAGUUCGUUGGACAGCCUGAGCAUGUGAUUAACUUCUUCUACUACGUCGCAGAGGAGUUACGUGGCAUCAUGGCUAAGCUCGGCUUCCGUACGAUCAACGAGAUGGUCGGUCGCAGUGACAAGCUCUUUGCCAGGAAAGACAACCGCAACCUCAAGACGAGGAACAUUGACCUCAGUCCUAUCCUCACACCCGCUUUCAAGCUCCGUCCCGGUGCUGCUACGUACAAUGUCCGCAAGCAGGACCACCGUUUGUACACCCGCUUGGACAAUAAGCUCAUUUUCGAGGCUGAGGAGAGUUUGGAGAAGGGUUUGCCCACUCGCAUCGAGUGCGACAUCUUGAAUACUGACCGUGCUCUUGGAGCUACCCUUUCGAACAAAGUCUCGAGGAAGUACGGUGAAAAGGGUCUCCCCGCUGAUACCAUCCACGUCAGCAUCAAGGGUAGUGCCGGCCAGUCCUUCGGUGCAUUCCUUGCUCCGGGUAUCACACUCGAACUUGAGGGUGACGCCAACGAUUACGUCGGUAAGGGUCUUUCUGGUGGUCGUUUGGUGAUCUACCCUCCCAAGGCAUCCACGUUCUUGUCCGAGGAGAACAUCAUCAUCGGUAACGUCUGUCUCUACGGAGCCACAUCCGGUAGCUCUUUCUUCCGUGGUGUUGCCGCCGAGCGUUUCGCCGUCCGUAACUCUGGUGCGACGACUGUCGUCGAGGGUGUCGGAGACCAUGGAUGUGAGUACAUGACUGGUGGUCGCGUCGUCAUUCUCGGACCUACUGGUCGUAACUUUGCUGCUGGUAUGUCUGGUGGUAUCGCAUACGUCUUUGACAUGACGCAGGACUUUGCCUCUAAGGUUAACUCUGAGAUGAUUGAGUUGUCUGUUCUCGAUGAUCCUUCUGAGAUUGCUUUCCUUCGUGGUCUCAUUGAGGACCACGCUCAUUACACCGGCUCCGAGGUUGCCCAGCGUAUCCUUGACCACUUUAGCCACUACCUCCCUCGCUUCGUCAAGGUUCUUCCGACCGACUACAAACGUGUCCUGGCUGAACAGGCCGCAAAGGCCGAAGAAGCCAAGAAGGCCGAGUACCCUCUUCCCUUGCUCCCCGAGAACUCCAUCCGUGUCCAACACGAGAAGAUGCAAAAGGCGGAAAUCGAGGCCAAGAAGAAGAAGGAGGAGGCAAAGGUCAUGGACCUCGAAGACAGCGUCCUGGACGGUACCAACGAGAAACGCAAGGUCGCAGUCCUCGACAAGACACGUGGCUUCAUGAAGUACAAGCGUCAACUCGACCGCUACCGUGACCCGAAGAAGCGUACCAAGGACUGGAACGAGCUCAACGCCCGUCUUCCCGACAACGAACUCAAGGUCCAGACUGCGCGCUGCAUGGACUGUGGUGUCCCCUUCUGCCAGAGUGAUUCCGGGUGUCCUGUUUCGAACAUCAUUCCCAAGUGGAACGAACUCGUUUUCCAGGAUCGUUGGAAGGAUGCGUUGGAUAGGUUGCUCAUGACCAACAAUUUCCCCGAGUUUACGGGUCGUGUUUGUCCGGCGCCUUGUGAGGGUGCAUGUGUGCUUGGUAUCAAUGAGUCUCCGGUCGGUAUCAAGAGUGUUGAGCUGGCUAUCAUUGAGGUUGGGUUCGAGCGUGGGUAUGUCAAGGCUUGCCCGCCGCAGCACAGGACUGGUAAGAAGGUCGCUGUCAUUGGAUCUGGACCUGCCGGUCUUGCUGCUGCUGAUCAGCUUAACAAGGCUGGACACACCGUCACUGUCUACGAACGAGCUGAUCGUCCUGGAGGGUUGUUGAUGUACGGUAUUCCGAACAUGAAGCUCGACAAGGGUAUCGUUCAGCGUCGUCUUGACCUCAUGUCUGAGGAAGGCGUCACAUUCAUCACUGGUGUCGAGGUCGGAAAGGAUCUCGAUGUCAAGGACCUCAAGGCCGAGAGCGAUGCUAUUGUCGUCACCACUGGUGCCACCAUUCCCCGCGACUUGGGUAUUCCGAACCGCAAUUUGGAUGGUAUCCACUUCGCCAUGCAAUUCCUCCACAAAAACACUCAGUCCCUCCUCGACUCCAAGCACGAGGACCAAAAGUACAUCGACGCGAAGGAUAAGCACGUCAUCGUCAUUGGAGGUGGUGAUACGGGUAACGACUGUAUCGGAACCUCCGUCCGUCACGGCGCGAAAUCCGUCACGAACUUCGAGCUCCUCCCUCAACCCCCACCGCAGCGUGCGAAGGAUAACCCAUGGCCGCAAUACCCACGCGUGUUCAAAGUCGACUACGGACACGCCGAGGUCCAGGCGCACUACGGUAAAGAUCCGCGUGAGUACUGUAUCAUGUCAACCGAGUUCGUCUCGGAUGGGAACGGGAAGGUGAAGGGUGUUAACACCAUCCGUGUCGAGUGGACCCAGAAUGAGGCGGGACAGUGGUCGAUGAAGAAACUCCCGGGUACCGAGAAGUUCUUCCAGGCCGACAUCAUUUUGUUGGCCAUGGGUUUCUUGGGACCCGAGGAGACUGUCGCGGAAUCUCUCAACCUCAAACGCGAUCCUCGCACGAACAUUGAUGCGAAGUUUGGGGAGUUCUCGACAAGCGAGAUGGGUGUCUUUGCGGCUGGUGAUUGUCGUCGUGGGCAGUCCUUGAUUGUGCAUGCGAUUAAUGAGGGACGACAGGCGGCGAGGAGUGUUGAUUUGUAUUUGAUGCAUGAUUCGAGGUUGCCCGCUGCUGGCGGGAUUGAGAAGCGUGAUUUGUUGAAGAUUGCGGAGAACGAGAUUGCUGUUAGUGCUUGA